GUUGGCGGUACUCUGUGUCGCUUGAACCUCCGCGAGCAGGCAAGAUGUCCAGCGCACCACAUGACCCUUUCUAUUCUUCUCCUUUUGGCCCGUUCUACAGGAGGCACACGCCGUACAUGGUGCAGCCGGAGUACCGAAUCUACGAAAUGAACAAGCGGCUGCAGGCGCGGAGCGAGCCCUCAGACUUCUUGGAAGCAAGCAAGAUUGCAAAUAUGUGUGGUUUUGAGGAUAGUGACAACCUCUGGUGGGAUGCCUUUGCAACUGAAUUUUUUGAAGAUGAUGCAACCUUAACUCUUUCCUUUUGUUUGGAAGAUGGACCAAAGCGAUACACAAUUGGAAGGACCCUCAUUCCUCGUUAUUUUAGCACUGUCUUUGAAGGAGGUGUAACAGACCUGUAUUACAUUCUCAAGCACUCAAAAGAGUCAUACCACAACUCAUCCAUCACAGUGGACUGUGAUCAAUGCACCAUGGUCACUCAGCAUGGAAAACCCAUGUUUACCAAGGUAUGCACAGAAGGACGUCUUAUCUUGGAGUUUACUUUUGAUGAUCUCAUGAGAAUAAAAACAUGGCACUUUACUAUUAGACAAUACAGAGAAUUAGUCCCACGCAGCAUUCUAGCCAUGCAUGCACAAGACCCUCAGGUGCUGGAGCAGCUGUCCAAAAACAUCACUCGAAUGGGUCUGACAAACUUCACCCUCAACUACCUCAGGUUGUGUGUAAUACUGGAGCCAAUGCAGGAACUGAUGUCAAGACAUAAAACUUACAAUCUGAGUCCUCGAGACUGCUUGAAGACGUGCUUGUUUCAAAAAUGGCAGAGAAUGGUGGCCCCACCAGCAGAACCCACAAGACAACCGACAACCAAACGGAGAAAAAGGAAAAACUCUACCAGCAGCACUUCAAACAGCAGUGCUGGGAACAACGCAAAUAGUACCAACAGCAAGAAAAAGUCAGCUGCUGCAAACCUGAGUCUAUCAAGUCAGGUACCUGAUGUGAUGGUGGUGGGAGAACCAACUCUGAUGGGAGGCGAAUUUGGAGACGAAGACGAAAGGCUUAUCACUAGAUUAGAGAAUACACAGUAUGAUGCAGCAAAUGGCAUGGAUGAUGAAGAAGAUUUCAACAAUUCACCUGCACUGGGAAAUAACAGCCCGUGGAACAGCAAACCUCCUGCUAACCAGGAGACUAAAUCUGAAAACCCCACACCACAAGCUUCCCAAUAGGUUAUUCUGCAGCAGUACUCACUGCCACCUAUGUUAGUGGGUUAUUGAUUACUGUUUCACAGCAUCCUUCAAAACAAUUUAAAGAAACCUUUCAAUGGAUACAGUAUCUAUUUCUAAACUAAAUCUAUCUGAUUUUUUUUAAUUGGAGAAAAAUCUUGUAUAAGCUUCCAUAUACGUUUGCUGGAAGCUUUCACAUACAACAUGAUACUGGCACUGACCUCAAUUAAAAUAAUUGAAAAUUAAAUAGCGUCUCAUGGCAAAUUUCUGACAAUGCAUUCUAUUGGAGGGGUUGUUUUUUUCCUCAUCAAACAAUGGCCAUAUUUUACCAAAUCAUCAGUGCUCAGGAUCUCAUUAACGUAACUAUGUAAAACUUUUUACAAUUGUAAUAUAUUUUCUGCUUUUCAACUUGCACCUGAAAUUUCUUGUUUCAGAAAAAAAAACAGCUUUUAAGGAAAAGUAAUUUAAAGUAACUUUUGUUCUUUCUUUGACUUUUCUUUCAUUGGUUAAUCAUUUAAAGGAUCCAGCAUUUUUAAUUCACAUGUAGCUGAUGGCAGUAGAUACUCUUUCCAUCAUUUAAUGAAAAUACUGAAACAAGAAAUGUCUUUUUUUCAUCAAAGACAUGAGAAAUAUUUUUAUGUGGAAAAACACACCCAGUCCUAUGAGAGUUUAUGCUUUGUAAAAUUGCUGUUGAUCCAGAUAUUUUAAAGCCAUGUAAUCCAUUAACUUUGUGGGCAGCUUAAUAAAUCUAAAACUUUUGUGUUUUUAUUAUUGUAUCUGAGUUGGCUUUGUUGUUAUUUCUUUUCAUAGUAUAUUUCUUGUAUAAUAUUUUUGUAAAGCCCUCAAACUUUUUUUGUUUUGUUUUACUUUUUUUGGAUUCCAGUGUAUUUAUGUGAAACUUUAUAAAAGAAACUAAUUUUUCAUUUACAUAUUAAUAUGUUCAACUCAUCAUGUAAAGACACAGUGAGUCAGUGUGUUAUAUAAUACAACUGUAUUUUAUGUAUGCUUUGCCAAUAAGUGUGCCAAUAAACUGUGUUAACAAA